UCCCGGCUCUGCAGAGAAAAAUUCUUUUAUUUGGUGGUGGUGGGGGAAAGUCUUCCUCCGCCCGCCCUCCUGCCUGCCAGCCUGCGAAAAACCGCCUAAAAUGACUUCGGUAUAAAUGCCAGAGAAUGGCCUCCAAAGUAACAGAUGCUAUCGUCUGGUAUCAGAAAAAGAUUGGGGCUUAUGAUCAGCAAAUAUGGGAAAAAUCUGUUGAACAAAGAGAAAUCAAGUUUAUUAAAUUGGGUUUGAGGAACAAGCCAAAGAAAACUGGGCAUGUGAAGCCUGAUCUCAUUGACGUGGAUCUAGUAAGAGGGUCGGCCUUUGCAAAAGCAAAACCAGAAAGUCCCUGGACCUCCCUGACUCGAAAGGGAAUUGUUAGAGUUGUUUUCUUUCCCUUCUUCUUCAACUGGUGGCUACAAGUGACAUCAAAAGUUAUAUUUUUGUGGCUUCUUUUCCUUUAUCUUCUCCAAGUGGCUGCCAUCAUACUCUUCUUCACGAUACAAAGCCCGCACAACAUACCUCUGACGGAAGUCAUCGGCCCGGCAUGGCUCAUGCUGCUCCUUGGAACGGUGCACUGCCAGAUUGUCUCCACAAGGACCCCCAAAUCCUCCACAAACACCGGCGGGAGAAGGAGGAGGAAAUUAAGGAAAGCAGCACACUUGGAAGUGCAUCGCGAAGGGGAUGGCUCUAGCACGACCGAUAACACCCAGGAAGGAUCUGUCCAGAGUUACGGCACCACCACCUCUUCUAGUCUUGGCGCUGUCUUCAAGGAACUGUGGCACGCUACUUUCUUUUUAUCAGGAGCAAAGAAAGCAAAGAACUCCAUAGACAAAUCCACCGAAACCGACAACGGGUAUGUUUCCCUCGAUGGAAAAAGGACAGGUAGAAACAACGAAGAUGCUUUGCAAUCCCAUGAGCCCCUGCCUGAGGCCGUCCGAGCAGAAGAACCCAGCUGGAAUAUCGGAACUGCCCGAAAUACAUACAACACUCCGAAUCACAAGGACGGUCACCGAACAAUGACAAAUAUAUCGGACGAAGUUUCUAGUGAAGAGGGGCCGGAAGCCAGCUACCCUUUACGACGGAAUGCCGAACGCCCUUCCAGCGAUUGUGCGUUUCGAAAUAAGAAAUCUCACCAUUAUAAGAAACAUUACCCUGUAGAGGAUGUCCCCAAAUCAGGCACCAGUUGCAGCUCGAGGUGUUCAAGUUCCAGACAAGAUUCAGAAAGCACCAGGCCAGAAUCGGAGACAGAAGACGUCCUGUGGGAGGAUUUUUUGCACUGUGCCGAAUGCCGCUCAUCCUGUACCAGCGAGACCGACGCAGAGAAUUCACAGGUCAACUCUUGCAUGAAGAAGGAAUACAGAGAUGACCCCUUCCAUCCGGGUCAUUUGCCCUGGUUCCAUAGCUCGAACCCCGGGUUGGAGAAAGUUAGCGCCAUUGUGUGGGAAGGCAACGACUGCAAAAAGGCAGAUAUGUCCGUGCUCGAGAUCAGUGGCAUGAUCAUGAACAGGGUGAACAGCUACGUUCCAGGAAUCGGAUACCAGGUUUUUGGCAAUGUGGUCUCCUUAAUCCUGGGAUUGACGCCGUUUGUAUUUAGACUUUCCCAAGAAAAAGACCUGGAACAUCUAGCCACGCAUACGGCUACCGAACUCUAUGCUAUUGCCUUCGGGUCCAAUGGAAACAUCAUGGUGAUAGCCAUGGUUAUUGUGUGCUUUGUAGUUCGUGUUUCCCUGGUGUGGAUAUUUUUCUUCCUUUUAUGUGUGGCUGAGAGGACUUACAAGCAGAGAUUGCUUUUUGCCAAACUUUUUGGUCAUUUAACAUCUGCCAGGAGAGCUCAGAAGUCAGAAGUACCUCAUUUCCGGCUAAAAAAAGUCCAGAAUAUUAAAAUCUGGCUUUCCCUUCGCUCCUACCUAAAGAGACGAGGUCCUCAGCGUUCGGUGGACGUCAUAGUUUCCUCUGCUUUCUUGUUGACUAUUUCUGUGGUGUUUAUCUGCUGCGCACAGCUGCUUCACGUCCAUGCGGUCUUCCUUGACUGCCAUUAUAAUUGGGAACUUGUCAUAUGGUGCAUUUCCUUAACCCUUUUCCUUUUGAGAUUUGUGACACUCGGAUCCGAAACAAGCAAGAAAUACAGCAACACAUCAAUAUUGCUUACUGAACAGAUAAACUUGUACUUGAAAAUGGAAAAGAAGCCGAACAAGAAAGAAGAACUAACAUUGGUCAACAAUGUUUUAAAACUUGCGACAAAAUUAUUGAAGGAAUUGGACAAUCCCUUCAGAUUAUAUGGAUUGACAAUGAAUCCUUUGCUCUACAAUAUAACACAAGUUGUUAUUCUGUCUGCCGUUUCGGGUGUAAUCAGCGAUUUGCUCGGGUUUAACCUAAAGCUUUGGAAGAUCAAAUCCUGACCCUCUUCCAAGAUGGGAUGCCCACGUUGUGCUGAAGAAGACAACUGACAAAAACUGAACUGCCUCCGCGCAAUGGCUGGAUUCGCAAUUUCUUUACGGACAACUUCGGAGGGAGAGAAGAAGAAGAAGAAGAAAAAAAAAUACAAAACCCCGAAGUGUUUACAACUGGCAAUCUAGUGCAAUCUGAAUAUUUAUUUUACCUUUUCGGGUUUUUUUUUUUUUUUUUAGUAAACUUUUGUUUUAGUUGACAGUGUGUUUGGUUCUGGAUCUUCAACGGGCUUUGGUUACCAAAAAGGUCAAUAUUGUGAAAGAAUGAAAGCCCCUUUUUAAGCUCAAGAAGUUCUGGUUACAAGCAAAGUGGCGCAGAAGUCACUUUCUCGAAUAAAGUAUUACCAAGUAUUUAGAAAGUUUUAUAUACCACCCUCGAAAAGGGGGUCGUCGGCGCACCAGCAUAUUGUCGGUUACAGUAGAAAAUUACGCUUCCUGUAACGAUAACGCAUUAUGCCGGAGAGCUCAUAGAAAGGAAUAAAAAUGUGGAGGUUUUUUUUGGGGAAAAAAAGCAUCGAUUCAAAAUCCAGCAGCUUUCUUACUCAAGGGAUUCCAGGAUCCAUAACGGGAACUGUUGUUUCAACAUAGACCGAAUCUCAACAAGGUGUUACUGAGCAAAUCAACAAGUGCUCUUUCACGAUGUUUCCUUUUUUUUUCUUUCUUUUUUAGCCGAGCAAUAAUUGUAAACUGUUACUACACUGUAAGAUAUUUUGAUAAAAAGUAGCCGUGGUAUUUAUUUGAAAACGCGGAGCUGUUUGCCCAGCUCUCUGCCGCUGUAUGUGCACUUUUGUGGUUAUAUAUAUAUAUAUGUGGUGGGAUUCAGCCGGUUCGGACCGGUUUGAGUGAACUAGUAGUUCCGGCGAUUAGUUGGCCCCGCCCACCCACCCCUGCCGUAGUCUGUGUCAGUAUUUUGCAGCCUAGCUGAUUUGCCCAGUACUAUGGAUUGUCGCGGCUUAGCUCUUUUACUCACUGGGGCAGAAGGUAAAUUUUAGAGCUAAAAAUGGACAGUUUUCAAAUGCGUGCAUGCACAAAGCCCACGCUCACCAAACCGGUUGUUAUACCGGUUGAAUCCCACCACUGUAUAUGUGUGUGUGUCUGUGUGUGUGUAUGUAUACACACACACACACAUAAACUAAACAGGAUAUAUUAUGGUGCACUGUGGGGCGAUAAUCUUGCCUUCGCGAUUGGGCAACAAAACUGUGUGUAUGCUCAACCCAAACAUUGUUCCCCCCAACAGUACACCAUAGUAUAUGUGACUUAUACCACACAGAGGCUUUUAAAGUGAACUUCUUAAUAAGGUGUGUGUGUGUGUUUUUAAAUUAUAGGAUGAAACGCCGGUUUUUCCACCCUGUUCCUAACCCCUUCCCAGCGUACUUUGGAGUGAGCAUAUUUU